AUGGCGCGGCUCUUGUUGCUGUUGCACGGGCUUCUGCCUUCGGAUGCAGGGAUCUAUCGUCACGAGCUGGUGGACGGGGAAGUUCGCGAGGUGUCUUGCAGCUCCUUGGAUGACUGCUUCGAGAAGGGCAUCAUGACGCCUGGCAUGAUGCUGCACCGCAUGUGGGCGCAGAAGAUCGAGUUUGCCAUGGGAAAGCGGCCCUUCGAGCUGAAGACCAACACCUCGUGGCUCUUGGCACGGCAGCGUCAGGUGCGCCGCACCCUGCGGCGCCUGCUGCGGGCGCACCCGCCCCAACAGGCCCCGCCGCUGCGCCUGGUGCGACGCUACCAGGACGCUGCACGGGGCGUCACGGUGCUCAUGCUGCUCUUCGAGUCCUGGCAGGGCCAGUCCGUGCCCGCGGUGGUCUUCCUGCCCAACGGCUUGUCCCCGGAGCAGAAGCUGCCAGCCGUGUUGCAUCUGCCGGGUCAUUUGGCGGGCGCCUUGCGGGACCGGCAAUAG